CCUGCCGCCAGCAGCGUCUGGCGCCCGGCUGAGCUAAUUCAAGCCUGUUCCUCCAACGCCGGGGUGUGGCCACGGUCAUUUUCCAGCCGUUGUUGGUUUUUUCACACUAAAAGGGAAGAGCACCUGGCUGGGAAGGAAAAGCCAAGUGGAAUGCCCGCCGUGAUUGCAUUGCUGCUGCCUGGCCGCGGCUGGGAGGGUUAAGCCAAAGCAUGCAAAUCCUCUGAACCUCGGCUACCCCAAUGCGAGCGCCUUGGCAGGGAAAGCAUCUCCCAGUAGCAGUGGCACCAGCCCUGGUGGGAUGGAGAGUGGACCCCGAGGUGGGAUAUGGGCAGCAGAAAGUUGGCAUGAGGCUCUUCUCAGGAGGGUUUGAGGCACCAGCCCUCAUUCAGUCAUUAAAUAACUACACAAAGGAGUCUUUGGAUCUACAUCGAGGAUGGGGACACCUGAGGGAGGGUCUGCUUCUCUGGCAGGUGGGCACCAAUCGCCCCAGCCCAAGCAGCACCUCAUCAGAGACACAUCACUUGGUGCUGCACGUGAGCAAGCUCCUGCCUGGGAGAAGAUAUCCAGCUGCAAAACAGAGAUGCGGGAAAAGGAUGGGCAGCAUCGUCAGGAAAAUCCUAACUUUGUGCUGGCACUCGGCUCCCAUCCGCCCCCGCCUGCGUCCCUUCUGCGGGGUCCAGCUUGCAGAUUCAUCUUCCCUGGGAGAUUAGCGACUAAUCUCUCCUUCAUCUGCUGUCUUUCCUAUCAAGGCGGAUACAGGGGCCGGGCUGGUGCAUUCCUGAGGCCCCCUGGCACUGGGGAUCCGGCCCCAGGGAGCAUCUUCACCAGGGGAUCCCAAAAGGAGGAGGAUUGGAGGCCACCGCCAAGCUCCCCAUCCUUCCCUCCCACCGGGCGCAGUGGCACAGCCAGAGGAUUCCCAUCCACAGCCAUCGGGAAGAUGCCCGGCAGCAGCCGGAGAAAAACAGGGGCCACAAGCGGAAAGGACAACACCUGCCGACCUGUCAGCCGCUCCAGCCAGACAUGAGGACCCCGCGCCCAGCCCGGGGCUGAACCCCGGCCCCGCCAUGGUGCUGCCCUGCGCCCACAACAGCAUCGGCACCCGGCUGGCGCCCGAGGAGCCACGUGGCCGCAGCAACUCCAUCCCACUGGCGCAGACCCCCACCGCCAAGCACAUGCUGGCUUAUCUGCCCCGGCCACCCUCCGAAACCAGCCGGUAUGGCACCUUCCCCCAGGAGCCCGAACUCCCGUCCGCUCCCGGGGCUGCGGCGGAGGACAGCCAGCAGAAAGCUGAUGCCGACGCCGCCCAGAUGCCAAAUUCUCCAUCCCUGCCUCGCCGUAGCGGCAUCGUAUCCAGCGUGGUGUCCCUACCGCCAAGCCGUGGCAGCAUGACCGCCCACCACCGUCCCAGCGACCCGUCCCGCUGGUACCCGCAGCAGACGCUGAGCGCGCCCAACAUCCCCAGCUCGGUGCGUGGGAAGAGCCCCACCGUGGAGGGGCCGCAGAGCCGGCGCCGCAAGCUGCUGGAGGAUGACGGGCCAGUGGUGCAGGCCUGCAAGCGGCAGCGGCAGCGCUACGUCACCAAGGUGGGCAAGUGCCAGGUCAACCUGGGCAAUAUUCAGGAGAAGAAACGGUUCCUCUCGGACAUCUUUACCACCAUCGUGGACCUCAAGUACCGCUGGUUCCUCUUCGUUUUCAUGAUGUGCUACGUCGUCACCUGGGUGGUCUUCGGCACCAUCUACUUCUUUGACGCCUGGGCACGGGGUGACGUCUGGCACCGGGGUGAUCCCGAUUGGCCAGCGUGCAUCGAGAAUGUGGACGGCUUCAUCUCUGCUUUGCUCUUCUCGGUGGAAAGCCAGCGGACCAUCGGCUACGGCUCCCGCAUGGUGACAGCCAACUGUGCCGAGGGCGUCAUCCUGCUGAUGGCGCAGUCCAUUGUUGGCUCCAUGAUCGACGCCCUGAUGGUGGGAUGCAUGUUCGUCAAGAUCUCCCGGCCCAAGAAGCGCGCCCAGACCCUCAUCUUCAGCAAGAACUGUGUCAUUUCCCGCCGGGACGAGAAGCUCUGCCUGAUGUUCCGUGUGGGGGACCUGCGGGAGAGCCACAUGGUGGAUGCCAAGAUCCGAGCCAAGCUGAUCAAGUCCCGGCAGACGGCUGAGGGGGAGUUCAUCCCCUUGGAGCAGUCGGAGCUGAACCUCGGGUACGACACGGGGGAGGACCGCCUGUUCCUGGUGGAGCCCCAGAUCAUCUGCCACGUCAUCAACCCCCACAGCCCCUUCUGGGACCUGUCGGCCGAGUCGCUGCGCCGGGAGCAGUUUGAAAUCAUCAUCAUCCUCGAGGGCAUCGUGGAAGCCACAGGAAUGACGUGCCAAGCCCGCACCUCAUACACGGAGGACGAAAUCCUCUGGGGGUACCGCUUCGAGCCCUGCAUGUCCCUGGAGAAGGGCGCCUUCAGAGUGGACUACAGCCGCUUCGACAUGACCUUCGAGGUGCAGACGCCCGCAGCCAGCGCCAAGGAGCUGCAGGAGCUGGAGCAGCGGGAGCUCCCCACGCUCAGCCUUCGCUGGGACCCCUACGCCCCGCUGCAGAGUGGGCGCAGCGAGGAUGCGUUCACCGAGGGCAGCCGGGACACGCUGCCGGAGCGAGGGCCGGGGGGCGGUGGGAUGGGAUGGGCAGCUGUGCCCAUGGUGGGCGGUGGGAUGGGAUGGCCGGUUGUGCCCACGGUGGACGGCGGAUGCCCAGCGGAGGGUGCGGUGCCAACAGUGCCAUAGCCCACUCUGCAGAGGGGCUGGUGUGGGCAGGGCUGCUCUGUAACCGGGAACGGGGGGGGGAUUAAAGCGCUGGAAUUAAAACCACGCAGCCACA